AUGCCGAGCUCGCGCUUCGAGGCUCGAGCUCGGCCCGUGAGGUGGAGGCCAGGCAGGCACCUCACUGUCCUUGCCAGAUCGCCCGGCCGCCAGAACAACAGCGCCGGAGGAGCAGACGAGUCGAUGAGCAGACGAGCAGACGAGUCGACGAGCAGACGAACAGACGAGCAGACGAGUCGACGAGCAGACGAACAGACGAACAGACGAGCAGACGAGUCGACGAACAGACGAACAGACGAGCAGACGGACCGCCGAACCUCUGAACCUCCGAACCUCUGA